AUGCUUUCGAACACCUGGUCUGACAAACAACAUGACGUCAAGCUACGGAGCAAUUUCUUCCGUGACUUGUCUCGGAUCUUACUCAGUAUCAGCAGGAAGCCCUUACUCCGCAUUGGCUCAUUUGUCAUUGACAAACAAGGAUAUUUGACAUUAAGCAAUCGUCCACUUUCCAUGGAACUCCAGGAAUUGGAGAAUGAGAGAAUCCCUACCGAUGUCGGGCGUGACUACACCUAUUCGACUGUUGAAUCCUAUGUGGCGGAUAUUUUGGGGAUCCAUGAUAACCGCCUCCGGCAUCAGCCUAAUGCGGUGAACAAUGUUCAAGAUUGUGGCUAUCAGAUGUCAGCACUGGCAGUAAUGAGAGCAAUAACCCCAUUAUUUUUCCGUCGAGAUUUGCGACGGGGGCCUUUCAUUUUUAUGUUGACUGACCUCCACCCAAGCAACAUUCUUGUUGAUGACCAGUGGCGCAUCACGUGUCUAGUCGACCUUGAAUGGGCCUGCUCACGACCUAUUCAAAUGACUGAGCUUCCUUAUUGGUUGACUAACAAGGGAGUGGACGAGAUCGAUGUCGAGGAAUAUGACAAACUUAGGCAGGAACUGAUUGCUAUAAUGAGUGCGGAAGAGUCAGACAAUCUCGGUGGUGGAACAGGGAGAACAUCGCUGCGACUAUCUGACAUCAUUGAACAAAAUUGGACUACAGGCACAUUUUGGUAUUCCUUGGCGCUUUCAAGUCCGAGCGGUCUAUUCAGAUUAUUUUACGAUCAUAUUCACCCCUUGUUGUCCAAAAAUUGUUCCGAGGAAAUCGGCGAAGUUUUACCUUUUUACUGGGUCAAGGAUGCAGGAAAAUUCGUGGCAACCAAGCUCGCUGACAGAAGGCGUUAUGAUAAAGAGCUUCAGCUAGCCUUCGUAGCAAACCCUGAGGACUGUUAA